AUGGCAGCAGGUCCCUGGUGGCAGGUGCCCCAUUUGGGAUGUGCCCCACGGAUGACGGAGGACCAGUCUCCCCUCCUCUGGGAUGACUCAUUAGGAAUGACCCGAAGGGGCGGGGCGCGCGCGGGCGGCGAGGGGGCGUGUCCGGCGGGCGCGCGCGGGCGGCGAGGGGGCGUGUCCCGGGAGCGGCGGCGGCGGCGGCGCGGGCCGGGCGCGCGGCGCAACCUCCUGUGCUGGAAUGUGCGGCUCCCGCGAGCUCCGGGCGCCCGAGCCGAGCGAGCGCCGCCGAGGCCCCGGGCCCCAGACCCCGGCGGCGGGGGCGGUGGCCGGGACGGCGGGGCGGGAGCCCGAGGCCUGAGGCCUCUGCAGACCCCCUCUCGGGGCUCGGCGGGCCUCGACGGCCCCGGGCCCAACUUUUCCUCCCUCCCCUCCCCCGAAAGUCCGGCAACAAAGAAAAGGAGUCGGAGCAGGAGCCGCGCCGCCGGGGCUUCGCCCCUCCUCGCCCAAGAAGGCCGGUAA